UCAGUCUUCCUUGUCGUUCAAUGGUUGCCGUGACCUCCAUGGACAAAGAUGCUAGUUCUUGAUUUAGGAUAAUAAAUGCAUACUCUGUACCUUAUGGAUUUCUGAGCAAUGGAAUUAUUAGUGCGGUAAAAUUUCUGCGAUUUUGAAUCGUUGAAGGUCGGUUUCUGUAGCAGAACAUUAGGCACUUGCUUUUCUGUCGCUAAAAGUCAUUUCCUAGCUGUAAUUCCCCUAUAAUUAUUCUCUUGUGCGCCCAGUCUCUGUAAUUCUAAAGAAAAUCCAUUUAUGGGGUAGGUGAUUUAAACUUAUUAACCCUUGAUAUUUGUUCAUUUGAUGAACAAAAACGAUGCCCUAACAGAAAGAUGAGAUUUCUACAACUGCUCAGCCAGUGCCAAUACAUUGCCUACACUAGGAGAGAAGCCUUGGUCUAUGCGAAUGGUGGAGGAACUCUGAGUCUAUGGAGUUUAGGGUUUAAGCAGUUAUUCUCUUCGUACAGAGAGGAGCCAGAGCUCAAGGACUUCAUUGAUUACUUGGAUUCUCUCAAGAACUAUGAGAAAUCAGGCGUUCCCAAGGACGCGGGUACAGACUCAGACGAUGGCUUUGAUCUUGGUCGCAUGCGGCGGCUUAUGGACCGUCUGGGGAAUCCGCAGUCGAAGUUUAAGGCCAUCCACAUUGCCGGGACCAAAGGAAAAGGAUCAACUGCCGCCUUUCUCUCUAACAUCUUACGGGCAGAAGGCUAUUCAGUUGGUUGUUACUCUAGCCCCCAUAUUAUAACUAUAAGGGAGCGGAUUGCAAUGGGAAAAUUUGGUGAGCCGGUGUCAGCAAAGGCAUUAAAUUGUCAUUUCCAUCAGAUUAGGCAGAAGCUUGAUGAGGCUAUCCAACUAGAAAAUGGAUGUUUGAGUCAUUUUGAGGUUCUUACUGCCAUUGCAUUCUCCCUGUUUGCUCAAGAGAAUAUUGACAUUGCAGUUAUUGAGGCUGGUCUUGGAGGUGCUCGAGAUGCUACAAAUAUAAUUUGUAGUUCUGGACUUGCUGUAUCAGUCAUUACUAGUAUAGGUCAGGAACAUUUGAUGGCACUGGGGGGUUCUCUAGAAAGCAUUGCAAUGGCAAAGGCUGGAAUAAUUAAGCAUGGUCGUCCAGUAGUACUUGGUGGGCCUUUUCUUCCUCAUAUUGAGCAUAUUCUUUGCAAUAAGGCAUCAUUGAUGCGUGCUGCUGUAAUAUCAGCAUCUGAUUCUGCAAUCCAAACUAUCAUUAAAGGCUUUAGGAUGUUUGAUGGUAGACUAUGCCAGUUGUGUGACAUAAGGAUUCAAGUCGAGAGGGAUUUCCAUCUGUUUAUUGAGAUAUCUGACUUGAAAAUGCGCAUGCUUGGAAGUCACCAACUCCAAAAUGCAGCUACUGCAACAUGUGCAGCACUGUGCGUCCGCAACCAAGGAUGGGGAAUUUCAGAUGGAUCUAUUAGAGUUGGUUUAGAGAACACUUACUUACUUGGAAGAAGUCAAUUUCUAGCAUCCAAAGAAGCUGAGGUAUUAGGACUUCCUGGAGCUACAAUACUGCUUGAUGGAGCUCACACUAAAGAAUCUGCAAAAGCUUUGGUUGACACAAUACGGAUGGCAUUUCCAGAGGCACGAUUGGUGCUUGUGGUUGCAAUGGCUAGUGACAAAGACCAUCGGGCUUUUGCAAGAGAAUUUCUGUUAGAUGAACAAUUAGAGGCUGUCUUCCUAACAGAAGCUGACAUUGCUGGAGGGAAAUCCCGAACAACUACGGCGUCCUUGUUGAGAGACCACUGGGUACAAGCUUCUGAAGAAUUGGGCAUCAAUACCCUUCAUGAUGGAACGGCAGAGUACCAAGAACUAUUCAAGAAUCGAUUUGUCUAUCCUGCAAGGAAACUAGAUGGCAGAAUCAUAUUAGCAGCUGAGAAAUCAUUAGGGGUUUCCUUGAGAGUUGCAAAUGAGUUUCUCAAAGGAAAAACAGAGAACCACCCAUGUGUUCUCGUGGUGACAGGAUCUCUGCAUGUUGUAUCAUCAGUAUUAGCUCGUCUCCUUGUGUAAAAUGUCUUGCACUUUUUGGUCUUCGAUUUUUUCCCCUCUAAAUAUUUGUUUUGAGCGAGAAGUGUGUCAAAUGGAAGUGAUGCUUUUAUCUCUCUGCAAUUCAUUAUAAUUAUUAUUCA